UGACACUCUGCUCCACUCUGCAACUUUCCCGUGCUGGAGCAGGCAGAAAUGAAGAGGGGGGAGAGGAGUAUGUUUUGAAAGAGGGGGGAGCCUGCAGGUUGGACCGCAGGGGGGAGAAGACUAGACUGCUACGGGAAGAUGGAGAAGUGGAAAAUGUACCCCCAGCUGGCACUGCUACUCCUGGUCGCCCCCCUGUGUUUCCCCCUGGAGACUGAGACUCCCACAGCUGGCUGCACAUUUGAAACCCAUAGUGAAAUUGGCCCAUGCGAGGUGACACAGAGCACACAGGAUGACUUUGAUUGGCAGUUGGUUCAUGACCCCCGUGGAAAUCCUGACUUACCCCAAGGUUCUUACCUUUUGGUCAACUCAUCAGAACAUCUGGCAGGAAAGUGGGCUCACCUCCUCUUUCAGCCAUUAAGUGAAAAUGAUACACACUGCUUGCAGUUCAGUUACCUUUUACACAGCAGAGAUGCAAGAGGUCCUGGCACAUUACGUGUAUAUGUGCGAGUCAAUGGUGGCCCUUUAGGCACAGCUGUUUGGGAAGUAUCAGGACCUCGUGGAAAGCAGUGGCAGCAUGCAGAACUUGCUGUUAGCACUUUCUGGCCCAGUGAAUACCAGGUGCUGUUUGAGGCUGAGGUGUCAGGAACUCCCUUAGGCUACAUCGCACUGGAUGAUAUUCUUCUUCUUAGUUACCCCUGUACUCAGGCUCCCCACUUCUCCCGGCUUGGGGAGGUGGAAGUUAACGCUGGGCAGAAUGCCACAUUUCAGUGCCCUGCCGCUGGCAGGGCAAAUGAGGGCGAGACCUUCUUACUGCAGAGGCAAAAUGGAGGCAUCACAUCUUCAGGGGUAAUUCAACAUGUCAGUCACUGGCGGCUCUUGGCCUCUUUCCAGCUAAUUGAAGCUGGGAGAGAUGAUCAGGACCUGUAUCGUUGCGUGAGUCGCUCCAUUUAUGGCGCAGGAGUGUCUAACUUUGCCGAGCUUGUGGUGAAAGAACCACCAACACCCAUUGCUCCACCUCAACUGCUAAGGGCUGGUCCCACCUAUCUGGUCGUGCAACUAAACACUCGCUCCAUAACUGGCGAUGGGCCCAUCGUGCGCAGAGAAAUUGAGUACCGCGUGAGCGGCGGAACCUGGCGAGAAAGGCAUGCUGUCACAUCACACACAUAUAAACUAUGGCACUUGGACCCUGAUUCACAGUAUCACCUGUCUGUGUUACUUACUCGGCCUGGUGAGGGAGGCACUGGGAGACCGGGGCCUGCACUCAUCAGCAGGACAAAGUGUGCAGAACCCAUGAGAGCACCUAAAGGACUCUCAUGCACAGCAGAGCAACCGCGCCAGCUGACUCUGCACUGGGAAGCAGUUGGCUUUAAUAUCACUCGCUGUCACACCUACUCGGUGACGCUGUGUUACCAGUAUGAAUCCAGUACUUUGCAAGACUGUGUAACAGUGGAGGGCGGAGCUAGUCAUUAUACCCUUCGAGCGCUCCCUCCAUACAGUGCUGUCCACUGCCGCCUUGUUUUAUCCAACCCUGAGGGUCGAAAGGAGGGCAAGGAAGUUACUUGCUAUACACAGGAAGAUGUACCUGGGGGAAUUGCUUCAGAGUCCUUGGUGCUCACUCCACUGGACGAUGCUAUUCUACUUUCCUGGGAUGAACCUGCUGAACCCAAUGGUAUCCUUACCCAAUAUGAGCUUAGUUAUCAAAUCAUUGAGUCUUCAGACCCUGGGGUGAGCGUUCCAGGACCACGCUCAACUAUAUGUAAGCCUCCUAAUGCAACUUCCCACCUUCUUACCAACUUGCACCCAGGAACCACCUACCUGCUGAGUGUACGGGCACGUAAUAGCAAAGGCUAUGGACAGAGUGCACUUACUGAGCUCACCACUAACAUUUCAGCUCCUGCAUUUGACUAUAGAGACUUACCUGCUCCAAUUGCUGAGACAGAUCAUACUAUCACUGUUCUCUUAAGACCUGCACAAGGAAGAGGAUCCCCUGUGAGCUUUUACCAGGUACUGGUUGAAGGAGAAAGUUCCAGUCGAGCUAAACGCGAACUUGCAAUUCCUGGCUGUUUCCCUGGGGCUGGUGGUUAUGAGGAGGCGGAGAUGGAAGGUGCUACCAGCUAUGUGGGAGCAGAACUUCCGCCAAGUGACUUGCCUCGAGAUACCCCCUUCAUAGUUGGGGAUAAUCGCAGUUACGGAGGGUACUGGAAUCCACCCUUGGAUCCUCGAAAGGGCUAUCUUAUCUACCUGCAGGCAGCGAGCCAUCAUCGUGGGGAAACACGGCUCAAUUGCGUUAGGAUUGCCAGGAAAGCACCAUGUAAGGACAGUCACAGGUUCUCCAUGGCUCCUCAGCAUUCAGAGGAGAUGGGACUUGUACUAGGAAUUUGUGCUGGUGGUCUGGUUGUAUUUAUCAUUCUGCUUGGUGCUGUGAUUCUUAUUGUCCGCAAAGGAAGAACCCAAUUUUCUUAUGCUUACUAUCCGAAACCUGUGAGUCUAGCUAAGUCUGCCUUGCCAGUGCGCCAUGAAAACUCUUGCAUGGGUCCCACUAGAGAGCAUACAAAGAUCUUGGAUGAACCCAAAUUACUGCAGGAGGAGGCAGCUUUAACAUUUUUGCACAAUUAUGGUUCUCGAGGGGAGCCACGUGUUGGGUCUGUGACAGAAUCAAGCAGCCUUCUGGGAGGCUCUCCACGACGAAGCAGUGGUAGGAAAGGAUCUCCGUACCAUACAGGACAAUUACACCCAGCAGUACGUGUGGCAGAUCUACUUCAACACAUUAAUCAGAUGAAGGUGGCGGAGGGGUAUGGAUUCAAACAGGAGUAUGAGAGUUUUUUUGACUGGGAUGUGUCUAAGAAGAAGGAAAAAAGCAAAGGAAGACAGGAGCCACCUCCAAACUAUGAGCGGCAUCGUGUUAGACUCCACCCUCUACAGGCAGAAUGCAGUUCAGAAGAAAUCAAUGCCAACUACAUUGAUGGUUAUCACAGAUCGAACCACUUUAUUGCUACACAAGGUCCAAAACAGGACAUGAUCUAUGACUUCUGGAGGAUGGUUUGGCAAGAACACUGCUCAAGUAUAGUGAUGAUUACCAAACUAGUGGAGGUUGGAAGGGUCAAAUGCAGCAAGUACUGGCCCGAUACUACAGAAACAUAUGGGGAUAUACGCAUUACCUUACUUAAUACAGAAACUCUGGCAGAGUAUACAGUUAGAACACUUUCGUUGGAGCGGCGGGGUUAUACUGCCAGACAUGAAGUAAAGCAGUUUCACUUCCUCUCAUGGCCUGAGCAUGGAGUACCCUUCCACGCUACAGGUCUCCUUGCUUUUAUUCGAAGAGUAAAGUCUUCUACACCACUUGAUGCUGGGCCUGUUGUGGUGCAUUGCAGCUCUGGAGCUGGCAGGACAGGAUGCUACAUUGUCUUGGAUGUGAUGCUGGACAUGGCUGAGUGUGAAGGAGUUGUAGAUAUAUACAACUGUGUGAAAACACUGUGCUCUCGACGCAUCAACAUGGUGCAGACUCAGGAGCAAUACGUUUUUAUCCAUGACGCCAUCCUUGAGGCCUGCCUUUGUGGUGACACAGCUAUUCCUGCAUGUGACUUCAGGCAAACAUACAAAGAAAUGCUACAGAUAGACACCCAGAGUAACUCAACACACCUGAGAGAUGAAUUCCAGACUCUAAAUUCAGUGACAGCGCAACUAGGUGUAGAGGAGUGCAGCGUUGCUUUGUUACCGCACAACCGAGACAAGAACCGAAGUAUGGAUGUAUUGCCCCCUGACCGUUCUCUGCCUUUAUUACUCUCUGCACAUGGAGAGGAUACCAGCAAUUACAUUAAUGCUGCCCUGACCGAUAGUUACAAAAGAAGUUCACAUGUCAUUGUCACAGUACACCCUCUGCAGACCACAAUCACCGAUUUCUGGAGGCUGGUAUAUGACUAUGGCUGCACUAGCAUUGUUAUGUUGAAUCAGCUGAACCAGUCAAAUUCUGCCUGGCCCUGCUUGCAGUACUGGCCAGACAAUGGGAUAUCCAGAUAUGGACCAAUGGAGGUUCAGUUUGUGUCUGGGUCUGUGGAUGAAGAUGUAGUAACCCGUCUGUUCCGAGUACAGAACAUUACAAGGGAUGAACAUCUCCUGGUCAAGCAUUUCCAGUAUCUAAGAUGGUCUCCAUACAGAGAUACUCCAGACACCAAAAGAUCCUUCUUACAACUCCUUUCCAUGGUCGAACAGUGGCAAGAGCAGAAUAGAGAGCAUAGGACCCUUGUGCACUGUCUAAACGGCGGAGGUCGGAGCGGGACAUUCUGUGCUUGCGCAAUGCUGUGUGAGAUGACUCGAUGUCACCACGUGGUUGAUGUUUUCUAUGCUGUCAAAAGUUUGCGGAAUAUUAAGCCAAAUAUGGUGGAAACACUGGACCAGUACCGGUUUUGCUAUGAAAUUGCCCUGGAAUACCUAGAACUGCAUGAUGCCAGAUAGCAUCCAUGGAAACAGCAAUUUGGGUGUCAGCCCUGCUGCCUGUGCCCUGUGAAAUGGACAUGUGCCAAUCUGAUGCAUUUAUAUGUUGUGGCCAAAAAAGACUUCAGUCACCUCUCCUAAUCCAGUAUGAAAAGGGCUUCUCUCUGCUGUCUCUGUGGGAAGUGGAAGUAUAUACCAAUCAAUGCCUGUACAUAUUUCUAGCUGUACAUAUGAGCCUGAUUAUGGAACGUGUAGCUCCAAAAUUAAAGCCUAUAACAUAUUUUACUUGUGAUGUAUAUUCAUAUCAAAUUUGCAUAUGCAAAUCAGCGCAAGUAUCAAAGAGAUUUCUCAGUGUCAGAGGUAUUCAAGGACACCUGAGCUGUAAAUAAGUGAUCUUCACCUUUCAUCUCUCAAUGGGUAGGGAGGGUGACCGCGAUGGGGUAAACUGCAUCAGCUGAAAGGCAAAGUAAUGUGUCUUCUCUAUAUGUGUAAUGGAUGUCCCUAUGUGAUCCUCUAAGCCACAGUAUACACUGAGCGUCAUGAUCACUAUGUGUAUAUAAUGCUGAAGGAUGUACUGACCCCACAAGUAAUGAAGGGGUUUUAAUGCUUUAUUGUACUUGAAUAAACUGCUUGUUUUUAUUA